AUCAUUGUAUUCGGUGAAAAAGGAAGAGUCAAAGUUGAAAUUGAGCAUUUCUCUCUCUCUCUCUCUCUGCUUCUACUGUAACAAGCUCCGUUUUGCUUAGCCAUAGUGCGUCUAGGGUUUGGUUGGGGAGAAGGUUCUUCGAUCAUGGCGUCGGUGUCGUCGUCGGAUCACGGACCUAAGACAGAGGCUGGAUGUAGCGGAGGAGGAGGAGGAGGAGAGAGCUCGGAGACAGUGGCGGCGAGUGAUCAGAUGUUGUUGUAUAGAGGAUUUAAGAAGGCGAAGAAGGAGAGAGGUUGCACAGCUAAGGAGCGCAUUAGUAAAAUGCCGCCGUGUACCGCUGGUAAAAGGAGUUCUAUAUACCGCGGAGUCACCAGACAUAGAUGGACAGGUCGUUAUGAAGCUCACCUUUGGGAUAAGAGCACCUGGAACCAAAACCAGAACAAGAAGGGAAAACAAGUUUAUCUAGGAGCAUAUGAUGAUGAAGAGGCUGCUGCUAGAGCUUACGACCUUGCUGCCUUAAAAUACUGGGGCCCUGGGACACUUAUAAAUUUUCCGGUGACAGACUAUACCAGGGAUUUAGAAGAAAUGCAAAAUCUUUCAAGGGAAGAAUACCUUGCAUCUCUACGUAGAAAAAGCAGCGGUUUCUCGAGGGGAAUCGCAAAAUAUCGUGGACUUCAAAGCCGAUGGGACGCAUCAACCAGUCGUAUGCCUGGACCUGAAUACUUCAGUAACAUUCAUUACGGGGCAGGGGAUGAUCGAGGAACAGAAGGUGACUUUCUAGGUAGCUUUUGUCUGGAAAGAAAGAUUGAUCUAACAGGAUACAUAAAGUGGUGGGGAGUCAACAAAACCCGUCAACCAGAAUCUUCAUCAAAAGCAUCAGAGGAUGCAAAAGUCGAAGAUGCUGGUACUGAGCUUAAAAUACUGGAACACACAUCCCAGGCCACAGAACCAUACAAGGCGCCAAACCUUGGGGUCCUUCGUGGCACUCAGAGAAAAGAAAAGGAAAUAUCAUCACCAUCAAGCUCUUCUGCUUUAAGCAUCUUGUCUCAGUCACCUGCCUACAAGAGCCUAGAGGAGAAAGUGCUGAAAAUGCAAGAAAAGAACACUAAUGAAAACGAUGAGAAUGCAAAUCAUAACAUCAUCAGUAUGGAGAAGAAUCACGGCAAGGCAAUUGAGAAACCAGUUGUGAGUCAUGAAAUUGCUUUAGGCGGUGCCUCUGCUGCUUUGUCUCUUCAGAAAAGCAUGUACCCACUUACCUCUCUGUUAACUGCUCCAUUGCUCACCAACUACAGUACAAUGGAUCCUCUUGCAGACCCUAUUCUCUGGACACCAUUUCUUCCUUCUGGAUCCUCUCAUACUUCAGAGGUUCGUAGCUAUUUAUCUAUUUGUGAUGGAAACCACAGACUUCAGUGGUUUAUUACAGUACAUCUUCCAUAUGUCAUUAUAUUUUGUCUGUUUCUUCUGCAGGUGACAAAGACAGAGACCAGCUGUUCCACGUACAGCUACAUCCCACAAGAGAAAUGAGCCGUUCCCUUUAGACUUUAUGUAUGUCCAAUUCUCCUUUAGUGAGAUGAACUCGUCGACUUGGCAUCUCGUUUUGUCUCUUUAAUGGAUAGAAAGUUGUGAGAAGUGUGACAAUGGUCUGAAGGAGGAAUGUACAGGUUUUGUUAGUGGUUGUGUUUUCUUUUGUUUUCAGUGUGGAAUAUAGAAUCAUCAUGUUUUGUGUAAAACAGAAAAAGUUAUCAUUAUAGUAUAAAAGUUUGCUCUUAA